AUGGCCCCUCUCGUGCUGGCCGUGCUCCUUGCAUUGUCAUACAUUGUCUAUCUACUAGGCCUGGGCCUUUAUCGCCUGCUUCUGCACCCACUGGCGGGCUUCCCUGGCCCCCGGUACGCUGCUCUGAGUCGCUGGCAUGAAUGCUACUAUGAUGUCCAUCUGCAAGGCCGAUUCAUCUUCUGGAUCAAAAAGCAGCAUGAACGAUAUGGCCCGAUCGUUCGCAUUACCCCUGACGAACUCCAUGUCCUCGACGCCGACCUGUGGGAAUCGGUCUUUACCAAGGCGGGCAGGGUGGAUAAGUAUAGCUGGAUGUCGAAUCGAUUUGGCAAUGACACAUCGGUCUUGACCACCGCGCCUGACAGCCUGCAUCGUAUCCGACGGGGCGCUUUGAACCCAUUCUUCUCGAGACAGCGUGUCCUCGGGUUACAAAAUAUCAUCCGCCAGAAACUGGAUGUCCUGCUCAAGAAGGUCAAGGACUAUCAAGGCCUUGAUGCACCCGUGCCGAUCCACCGCGGAUACAUGGCCUUUAGUGAAGACAUCAUCAUGCAGUACUGCUUUGGCCAUGACUAUGCCUCGCUGUAUAAACAGGACUGGGCUCCGAUAUUGCACGAUGCGUUUGCUGGUGUAAGCAUUACCGGUAACAUGGCCCUCCAGUUCCCACUGAUACCCAAGUUCAUGAACACGCUGCCUUAUUCGUGGAUUGAGAAGUUGGAGCCCAUAUACGCCUUAAUUUUUCGCAUGCAGAAGGACUUCGGGACCCAAAUCCGCGAUAUCAAGGCUUCCCAAGAGACCACAAAAGCCAGCAAGCCAACAGUACUAUCAGAUCUAAUUACAGGCAGCCUCCCAGCGACUGAAAAAGCCGACCGCCGGCUCCAGGACGAAGCACAGCUUAUCAUCGGCGCCGGGCUGGCGACAACUGGAUGGACGCUGAGCGUGGGGACAUUCUACCUGCUCACCAACCCUAAGGUCCUGGCUCGAUUGCAGGAUGAACUUGUCAAUGCCAUUCCAGACGCCAGUAUCGAGAAUAUCAGUUCAAAGCUUGAGUGGGCUGAACUGGAGAAACUCCCUUAUCUAACCGCUGUAAUCAAGGAGGCAGUCCGACUGUCAUACUCAACAACAUCCCGCAAUGUGCGUCUUCUACCGAAGCCAAUUGAGUUUAAUAAUCGGGCUAUCCCAGCACGCACACCCAUCUCCAUGACAAUCCCGUUCUUAAACUGGGAUGAAGAAAUAUUCCCAGACGCAAAGUCCUUCAUCCCAGAGCGAUGGUUGGACUCGCCGCGCGCCAAAAACGGAUCGCCCCUGGAGCGCUACUUUGUUGGGUUUGGAAAGGGAACGAGAUCCUGUCUUGGAAUCAAUCUUGCGUGGUGCGAGCUGUAUUUAGUAUUCGCCUCGUUAUUCCGACUCUUCGAUUUCGAGCUGUACGAGACUGAUAUCUCGGAUGUGGAACUUGCUCAUGACUUCUUUCUACCCUUUCCGAAGCUGGAUUCGAAAGGCAUUAGGGUAUUCGUCAAAUGA